CCGCGCACAGGCCUUGUGUUUGUGGAGCCAGAGAGACACAGAAGAAAAAUGGCGGCUCUCGGCGAACCAAAACGGGGCGCCGGGCUAACGUUGUGAGCUUCCACUCCCGAAAAUACACAAGGGGGGCCGCGGGCUUGGAUGAUCGGCGUCACCCCCGACCGCUCCGGCAUCGCGGGGGGACUGCUUCGGUGCGCUAAGCGGACGCAAUCGUCGGGAUCGGGUAGGACUCGACUAGACUAGACUUGGCCGAGAAUGAGAGGCAAAAGAGGCAGGCCGCCCAAACCGCCGCCGACCGAGGACACCACGGCCACUACUCGGGGCCUAAGGCCGCGGAGGAACAUCAAGCCCCGCGUACGCGACAGCGGGGACGAAGACGCGGAGAGCCCGGUGCGGGAAGCGGCCAAGCCCAGCAGGAAAAGGAAGCGAGGCUCCGUGAUAGCGAGGCGGGGGAGAGGACGAGGCAGAGGCGGCAGCCGCGGAGGACGAGGCGGAGGCGGCGGCGGCGGCCGCGGAGGGAGGAAGGCGCCCGGGUACAACAAGGCGGUGGUCUACGACGACCAUGAGAGCGACGAGGACGACGACGCCGUCAGCCUGAGGUCGGAGGAGGAGGAGGACGAGCCGGCCGAGGAGGAGGAAGCUCCGUCCGAGGAUGAGGCCCUCAAAGCGGACUCGGACUGCCUGGAUGAUGUGCUGGAGGACGGGGAUGAUGCUAGCGACUGUACGGACUCCAGCUUCCGCAGUCACAGCACGCACGCCAGCACUCCCGGGAAGAAAAAGGCCCCCCGACCUCGCACCCCCAUCCUGGAGGAGAAGAACGUUCCCCCUCUGGAGCUGCCAGAGUGUUCCGAGGACCUCCUGCUGCCGAGCGAAGAACUGCUCAACGCCACGUCCAUCUACGAGGUGCUGAGCAACUUCAGCACGGUGCUGCGCCUCUCGCCCUUCCGCUUCGAGGACUUCUGCGCGGCGCUGGUGGGCCAGGAGCAGUGCACUUUACUCGCCGAGACGCACAUUUCUCUCCUGAAGGCCAUCCUGCGCGAGGAGGACUCCUCCAACACCACCUUCGGCCCCGCCGACCUCAAGGACAGCGUCAACUCCACCCUGUACUUCAUCGACGGCAUGACGUGGGCCGAGGUGCUGCGCGCGUACUGCGAGAGCGACACGGAGUACCACCACGUCCUCAAGUACCAGGAGGCGGACGAUUACCCCUUUGGCUCGGUGGAGGGUAAAAUCAAGGUGCUUCAGUUCUUGGUCGACCAGUUCCUGACCACCAACAUCGCUCGCGAGGAGCUGAUGUCCGACGGCGUCAUGCAGUACGACGACCACUGCCGCGUCUGCCACCGGCUGGGCGACCUGCUCUGCUGCGAGACCUGCUCGGCGGUCUACCACUUGGAGUGUGUCAAGCCGCCGCUGGAGGAAGUCCCGGAAGACGAGUGGCAGUGUGAGAUCUGCGCGGCGCACCGAGUACCCGGAGUUACGGACUGCGUGACGGACGCGCAGAAGAACCGGCCUUACAUACGCCAGGUGCCCAUCGGAUACGACCGCCACCAGAGGAAGUACUGGUUCCUGAGCAGACGGAUUAUUGUUGAAGAAGAUGGAGAGCAAGAGAGAAAAAAGAUCUGGUACUACAGCACUAGGGCCCAGCUGGAAGAGCUCCAGGAGAGUCUGGACAAGGAGUACUGGGAAAUGGACCUUUGUGCCACCCUGGAGGAGAUGAAGAAGGAAGUCCAGACCCACAUGGACAUCACAGAGGACCUGACCAGUAAAGCUCGCGGAAACAACAAAGCCUACCUCACGGCUCUCAAUGAGGUGGUCAUGGAACGAUUGAAGGUCAGACGGGAAGCACAGAAAGCCAAGCAGCAGCCGGAGGUCAAAGAGCAAACAGAAACAAGUUCUGGACCGGCAGCAGAGGGUUCUGCCACAUCCCAGUUGGGCAAUGGAGAGCACAAAGAAGGUUCUUCGCCAGCCUCAGCCCUCAUUCCACCUGCUGACCAGGAGAGCUGCGGGUCUCAGUCCAAGUGCACUUCCACCGCCCAACAUCUCCAUGGGAACAAAGAAGCCCAGGACAGUGGCCCGUCCUGUCCUGUGGUGAACCAGAGGACAGACGAGAAGUGCAACACUGAAGUAAGCGAUGAGACCACGCCAACACAGAUCCAAGAUCAGCAUCCAGCCCCGGGUCCUCAGGUCCCCGACUGUGCCACUCUGAGGAAACCGGAGCAGCCGGACCUGUUUGAGAGGUCCUCUCGGUCUUCUUUCACCAGCCAAGACGGGACAGAGGAGUAUAACGCCAAUCUCAGGAGCAACAGAGCAAGUUCAACACCGCUGGAGUUUUUCAGCCAAACACCGCGAGGCAGCAAAGAGUCGUCCCCCGUGCGCUCUGACGGGGCAGCUUCAUCGCCCGUCUUUUUCAAAAGCGAAGCAUUGAACAUGAACAACCUGUUCAAGCUGGGUCAGGAAGGCAAGUACCGGGUCUACCACAACCAAUACAGCACCAACGUGCUGGCCCUCAACAAGCAUCAGCACCGCGAGGACCAUGACAAGAGGCGCCACCUCUCCCACAAGUUCAGCCUGACCCCCGCCUCUGAGUUCAAGUGGAGCGGUUCCAUCUACGGCUCCCGGAGCCUGACUGUCACCACCCUGCGUCUCACCAUCAUCCAGUUGGAAGUCAACGUCCCUCCGCCCUUCAUGCACCCCAACUGGGCAUCACACAGAACCAACUGGAACAAAGCAGUGCAAAUGUGCAGCAAGGCGAGGGAAUUUGCGCUGGCCCUGGCCAUCCUGGAGUGUGCCAUCAAACCAGUGGUCAUGCUGCCCAUAUGGAAAGACUCCCUGGGGCACACAAGGCUGCAUCGCAUGACCUCCAUGGAGCGCGAUGACAAAGAGAAGGUGAAGAAACGGGAGAAGAAACUGGAGGACGAGGAGACGCUGCAGCAGGCCACGUGGGUGAAGUACACCAUUCCCAUCAAGCAUCAGGUGUGGAAGCAGAAGGGGGAGGAGUACAGAGUGACAGGAUACGGCGGCUGGAGUUGGGUCAGUAAGACUCGUGUGCCUCGUUUUGUUCCCAAAUUGCCGGGAAACACGAACGUAAACUACCGUCAAGAACUAGAAGCCAAGAUGAGCAAGGAACAUGCCUGUAAAAAGGAAGAGGACAAGAUGGAGACGGCAGCAGAGGACAAGCAGCAGGCCUCAUCUCAAAGCUCCUCUUCUGAACAAGACCACUUGUCCAAAGAGGAAGUGAAGCCCACAGGGCAGGAGCAAGAAAAGACAGAGGUUGAGCCCUGCCUUAACGCUGCUCCUUCAAAUGUAGAAAAAGAAGAGGUUGAAAACAAAGACCGAUCUUCGUCUGCUGUUCAGCCUGUAAAAGAAGAGCCCAUCCAGAAAAGUCACCAACCUAACGAGGAGUCCACUGCCCCGGAGCCUUCGUACGACGUUGUCAACGUCAGCGAAGGAUUCCAGUUGCGGACCGCUUAUAAAAGGAAGGUGAAGCCCUCCAAACUGGACGGACUGCUGGAGCGGCGUGUCAAACAGUUCACCUUGGAGGAGAAGCAGAGAUUGGAGAGAAUGAGACAAGCGGCCUUCCUAUCUAAAAUAACCGCAUCGAAGUCUGCUUCUGUGGUGAAGACCGAAGGAUCUGCAUCAGCCAAACAGCCGCCUGCUGCCAGCCCGUGCGUCAAAGGUGAAGGAGACAAGGACCCACAGAAGAAAGACCCUGUGGUUAAAAAGCUGGACUUUCAGCAGGAGUACAACAGCCUGAAGACAAACACGGAUGUCAAAGUGGAGUCCACGGAAAUCAAACCCAGCGUGCAGGCAGAAUCCAAUCUUGUGCAGGAGAACAGUGGAGGGACUGCGGCACACACAGAAGUGAACGGAGGAAGCAUUGGGCUCAACUGUAAUACAAACUUUAAAUCAGAAAGUGAGGCCAAAACUGAGAAACAAGAGGUGGCUCCAGUGGGAGACAACACCAAGAAACGUGGCUAUGAGGAGAUGGAGCAAGGCAGUGAGAAGACUGACUUCAGUAAGACCAACACAGAGCAUGUGAAUGGAGAAACUGUUACCAGUGCUCCUUUGGAUUCAAACUCCGACCUCAGCGUUCCGGUCCCCAGUGAUAGCAAAGAGCCUGUUAAGACUCUAAUGAACGGAAACAUCUCCCAGAAUGACGGUUCUUACGACGGUCACCCACCUCCUUCAAAGGUCCCCAAAUUAGAGAAUCAUGUGGCUGAGAAAGCAGACCCUAGAACUGCUGUGAGUAGUAACAAUCAGGAUGUACUUGCAGUGCCCACUGAUACUCAAUCUUCAAGUCAAUCAAGUGCCUCCUGCCUCCGUAGCAGUGACAAUGGCAGUCAUACGGAGGAUCUAAAGACCUCCACGCAGAGUGUCACGCAGUCUCAAAACCCUCAGACCGCAACAGCAAGUAGCACCGCUUCCACCAAGCCAAACUGUGGAGCAGCAGUCCCGCACAGGUCCAAAUCCGCUACUGGUCCAAAGCAGGCCACCUCAGCUUCAGCCAUGACCAUAAGCAAAGCCUACACCACCAGUGACCGGGUCAGUCUUCUCAAGUUCUCCAAAUGUAAGAAGGCCCGGUCGGGCACGGCGCUGCCGUCCUAUCGCAAAUUUGUCACCAAAAGCAGUAAAAAGAGCAUCUUCGUCCUGCCAAACGAUGACCUGAAGAGGCUGGCGAGGAGAGCGGGCAUCAGAGAGGUGCCCAUCUUCAGUUACAGCGCCAAGCCAGUCCUGGACAUAUGGCCCUACCCUUCACCUCGGCCCACUUUUGGAAUCACAUGGAGGUACCGUCUCCAGACCGUGAGGUCUCUGGCAGGAGUCAGCCUGAUGCUGAGGCUCCUCUGGGCCUGUCUCAAGUGGGACGAGAUGGCCGUGAAGCCCUCUGCUGCCGUGGGUCUAACACGGAAAGGUGACUAUCUGCGUUCACCGUUCUACCGAUGCAUCCUAACUGUUGGCUUUCUCUCCUCAGAAACCACAGACACCGAUGUCACCACAACAGAGAUAAUCAAACGCAGAGACGUGGGCCCUCACGGCAUCCGCUCAGAAUACUGCAUCAGGAAGAUCAUCUGUCCCAUUGGUAACAGGGAUACUCCCAAAGAAACUCCGACGCCACAGAGAAAGGGCCUGCGAUCAAGCGCCUUGAGGCCCAAGAAGCAGGAGUCCAAAAAGCCAACGGGGCCAAUCGCUGUGGAGACGUGGAUUGUUGAGGAAGAGCUGGAGUUGUGGGAGAUCAGAGCCUUUGCAGAAAAAUUGGAGAAGGAGAAGUCCCAGGGACCAGAGGCCUCCAAGACCAGCAGCACCAUGAAGACCUCAGAGGAAGUCAAGGCCCACCUGGAGAGUCAGCUGAAACAGGCUCGAUUGGCUGCCCAGCAGAAACGCUUCGAGCAGCAGAGACUGUGUUCAACGCCGCCCACGCCCACAAUCACAACCACCACCACCACCACCACUUCUACUAGUACGCCUGUGUCCACAUUCCAGAGGACAGGUCAGGUCACAUCCGGGACCAAGAUGGUCUUGGCCUCCAAACUGGCCUCUCCGGUCCCCCCGCAGCAAGACAAGAAUUUCCACCAAUCCUUUGCUUCCUGGGUCAAGGAGGGUCAGACAAACAGCACAACAGCAGUGCAGCAGAAGUGCAGCAGCAUAUUCCCAUCUGGGCCACCUGCCAACCUGAGGACGUACAGCACACUCCAUCCCACCACCGGCAACAUGAACAUCAGGGCCAACAGCUCGGCUCCCACUCCUCAACAAAUGGUGAAAGCCGGAAGCCUCACACAAGCUGGGACAGUGGUGAGCCAGUCAUGCACCUCCGUGGUCAGAAGUCCUAUGUUGGCUCAACAAGGCCAAGUUGGAUCUGCAGCUGUGUCUGCGUCCACACCUUUGCAGACCAGUGAGGGUCCAACAGCCGCAGGUUCGCUGCCGUCACCAUGCGCUGCAAGCACAGCACCCGGACAGCGUCCUGUGGUUCCCCCCCAGGCCAGCAGACCACAGCAGGGUCAAGUCAAGCUCACCAUGACACAACUCAUGCAGUUAACUCAGGGAGCUCAGGGAGGAAAUCCUGGUCUGACGGUGAUGAUCCAGGGUCAAGGCCAGACCGAGGGCCAGCUGCAAAUUGUCCCCCAAGGUGUGACAGUGAUCCCGGGUCCAGGUCAGCAGCUCAUGCAGGCAGUGAUGCCCACUGGUCAGGUCCAGCGUUUCCUCUUCACUCCCAUACCACCAUCACUUUCAACAUCAGCGCCCACUACAGCCGUCCCUGCACUUCCUGCUUCAGUUCAGAGCCCCCACACCCAAAUAUCUACUCCCGCUCUGCCCAGAGCCCACGUCCAGACCACUCCUUCAGCCUUGGCCCAGACCCAAAUGACGGCGCCCAUUCCUUCUUCGGCACAGCCCGUUUCCCCUUUGUCUUCCCGACCCGUGUCUUCCGUCCCCGGUCACACGAGCGCUCCGGUCUCCUUACCCGUACAGGCAGCGGUCCAAACAGUGGCACAGGUCUCGGCUCAGACCUUGUCCCAAACCCAGGUUUCAUCCUCCCUACCAGUCCAACAGUACACAGCCCACACAAUGAUUCCAUCAAAAGUCCCAGACCAGUUCCUCACACAAACUACCAUGUGUGCACCACAAUCCCAGAUCCAAACUUUGACUUCAGCUCCUGUCCAGGUGCACGUCACUGCCCCCAGCCCCGCUUUAGUCCCUCUCUCAGCCAACGUCCAGUUCGCUGCCAACUCCUCCCAAAUGCAUCUGUCGACCUCGGCCCAAGUCCCCACGUCUCCCCUCGCUCCUGUCUCCGCCCCCGUCAUCGCCGUCAUGUCCAACCAAAUCGGCGUCCUGUCCGCCGCUCAAGCCCUCGCUCAAAUCCAAGCUGCGGCUCCUCGUCCUCUUCGUGCUGCCGUGGUCACAGCAGUCACAGCCACCUCCACCACACCUUCAGUACCAGCGCUGAUUGAGCAAAGGACGCUCCAUUCGGUUCCACAAGCCACAGUCCCAAAUCCACCUGCCCUGGACACAGUCCCCGCCUCCCCCCCCGCAUCAGGUUUCACGCGUUCACCUGUUUCCUCGCUGCCUCAAGCAUCUCUUGCCUUGCCGUCUCAACAGCACCCGGCUAUGGUGUCGGUGCAACAGGUGUCGCAAAUACCGGUCUCUGCGGUGCAGCUCCACAUGAAGGCACUACCGGUCUCCUCCGUGGUCACCACGGUCAGACACACGGCGCCACAAGCACUUCAUCAACUGCAGUCUCAACCCCAAAACCAGAUCUGUGCACAGAUUCAGGUCCAACGCAUGCAGUCUCAGCCGCAUCUCCAGACCCAAGCACAAAUCCAUCCCCAGAUACGAGUUCAGUUUCAAACACAACCUCCACAACAACCCCAUCAGCUUCCUCCAAUUCAACCCCAGGUGCAGUUCCCCUCCCAAAACCAGACCCAGGUUCAGGUUCAACACCAGGCAAGGGUCCAGCCUCAGUACCAAUCGCAGGUACAAGGUGUACUUCAAACCCAAGUGCAGACCCAACCGCAUGCGCUGCCUCAGGUUCAGAGUCCGGCUGUAACCCAGUUUCAAAGCCAACUCCACCCCCAGGUUCAGGUCCAAUUCCAGCAACAGAGUCCGAUUCUGCCUCACGCGUCGCAGCAUCCUCAAGUCCAGACUCAUUCCGCAAUCAAGAGUCCGGUACAAACCCAGGCUCAGUUCAAAGUUCAGUCACCGACCCAGGUUCAGGUACAGACUCAACCCCAAGUGCAAGCUCAGGUCCAGGUCCAGUUCCAGUCUCCAAACCGAGGUCACGUUCAGGCCCAGCCUUCCAUCAGACAUCAGCUCAUCACGGUUCCAGGACUUCAACAACCGGUCCAACUGUUGUCAGCGCUACCGCCUCACGUCGCCGCCCAAAUCCAGGCCCAGAUCCAGGCCCAGGCGCAGCAGCAAGGCGGCGCGGUUCCCCAGCAGAUCAAACUGCAACUACCCAUCCAGAUCAAGCAGACGGGGAGUCCAAUUCAAACCCACCAGAUCCAGAACAUGGUGACCAUACAGGCUCCGACCAGCGUGCAGGACCAGCUCCAGAGGAUCCAGCAGCAACCUUCCCCCCCAAAGAAGAAGAAACAGCAGGAGAUGAGACGGGAGCAGAAAGAUCUGGGAGACAUUCUUCACAAACAAGUGGGAGCCAAGCCGGGUGUGACCUCGGACCUGCUGAAGCACAGGAAGACUGUGGCUGCUGCUGAGCGGGAGGAGAACCAGAGGAUGAUUGUGUGCAACCAGGUGAUGAGGUACAUCCUGGACAAGAUGGAGAAGGACGAGCGGCAGGCGGCCAAGAAGAGGAAGAAGGAGGAGGUGGUGGAGCAGAAACGCUCCAAGCAGAAUGCCAGCAGGCUGACGGCGCUGCUGUACAAGCACAAAGAACACCUGAAGGCUGAGAUCCUGAAGAAGAGGGCCCUGCUGGACAAGGACCUCCAGAUGCAAGUCCAGGAGGAACUGAAGCGAGACAUUGCCAGGCUCCAGAAGGAGAAGGAGAAAGCCCGGGCCGCCAUCACCCAGGCGGCGGCGGCAACCGUCAAGUCAGCCUCUCACUCCUCACAUUCCUCACAUUGCUCCCACGCAGCCGCGCCCCCGUCCUCAUCCCACAAACGCAAGCGGGAAGACGAGCGAGACCGGGACAGAAACCGGGACAGGGAGCGACAUCAUGACAAGAAGCGGGACAAGGACAAGGACAAGGACAAGGACAAGGACCGGUACAAAGACCGGGAAAAGGAGCGAGACCGGGAGAAGGAGAGGGUGAGACUCCAAGAGCCACCUCGACACCGGGACAGGGAGAAGGACCGGGACAAGGACAAGGACAAGGACAAGGACAGGGAUCCCUUCUCAGCGAAACACAAGAAGAAGAAGAAGCUCUCCUCUACCUCAAAGGACCACAAGAAGGACACCAAGUUGUACUGUAUCUGUAAAACUCCCUACGACGAGUCCAAGUUUUACAUCGGAUGUGACCUGUGCUCCAACUGGUUCCAUGGUGCAUGCGUGGGCAUCACGGAGAAGGAGGCCAAGAAGCUGGAGGACUUUGUGUGUAGCGACUGCAAGCGCGGCCAGGAGGGCGGCAGCAAGGAGGAGCUCUACUGCAUCUGCCGGACGCCAUACGACGAGUCACAGUUUUACAUCGGCUGCGACCGCUGCCAGAACUGGUACCACGGACGUUGCGUGGGCAUCCUGCAGAGCGAAGCCAACCACAUCGACGUGUACGUGUGCCCGCAGUGCCAGUCCACGGAGGACGCCAUGACCGUCCUCACGCCGCUGACCGACAAAGACUACGAGGGCUUGAAGAGGAUAUUGCGCUCUUUGCAGUCUCACAAGAUGGCGUGGCCUUUCCUUGAACCAGUGGAUUCCCACGAUGCACCUGAUUAUUACCGAGUGAUCAAGGAGCCGAUGGACUUUUCCACCAUGGAAGGCCGUCUACAAAGGCGCCAUUACCACAAGCUCACCGAGUUUGUGGCCGACGUGACCAAAAUCUUUGACAACUGCCGCUAUUACAACCCCAACGACACGCCCUUCUUCCAGUGUGCGGAGGUGCUGGAGGGUUUCUUCGUACAGAAGCUGAAAUGUUUCAAAGCUAGCAGAUUGUCAGACUCUUAAAGGGCCGGUCUAGCCUGGUCUGGACUGGACGUGUUGACUAGAUCACAUUAGUUCUGCAGGUCCAAGACCAGGAUGUCACAACCACACCUUCUCUUUUAAACGCUUUUUUACCCACACGUCUGUAUUUAUUUCCUCCCUCCCGUCGGGGGAGUCUAGUACAGCAUAUUUUAUGACAGAUAUUUAUGACAUUUGGCUCCGCCCCCUGCUGUGUUCCAACAUGCACGCUCAUUGCACACAAUCUUGUACUGAUCGUCUUCCAGUGUUGCAUCACUUCUUUUAUUUGGCCUAUCCUUCACAAUCAUUUUGAGACAAAAAGGUGUUUGUUUUUUUGCAUUCUAAUAUGUAAGAAAUGUCUCCUUUUAGGUGGCUAGCAAUGCAGCUAAUGUUAGCAAUCAAUGCUACCUCUAAAUCACUUUCAAAAUGCAUCCAAAAAGCGUCAACAAUACUUCACUUAUGUUGUGUAACAUGUAUAAUAACCAAGCUGUAGCAACAUUGUUAUUGUAAGAGAGAACACCGAGGAACUCUUUUUCUAGCAUGCUAACACGUCAGCGUGCUACGGUAUUAGCCGUAAAAGCUAAAUACGGAAAGAGAUGAGCUAGCUUGAGUUUGUAAUGGUCAACACAAUCUGAUAGGACAGCAAUCUGUACCGAGUGAAAAACAUAAAAUUACAGUAUCUGUAAAGUAUUAUUUUAUGUUUUGUUUGUACACAGCUAGCCAGACAGACUAUGUACUGUAGUUGUAAUAACACACAUGACGUGCUGCGUGUAUCAUGAUCAAUAAUAUAUACUGACUCACUCCAUGGACACU